UUUUAAGGCUUCAACUUCUGUAUGUAAAUAUGGAAAACCAGGGAAAAUAUUAACGUUGCUUUUUAUGCGCGCCUCACGCGGUACGGCCGUGCGUAUGUAUGUUAUUGUACAUUGUGCAGGUACACAUUGUACGCGAUACGACUUGUGCAAGUGAAACGCAGUUUUCCUUACUGACAUUGUUGAUGUUGGUGUUUUCUCUCUAGGUUGUACAUCUUGUGGAUGUGUGACACGUCAAGGAGGGGGAAAAAAUCUCACCGAAUUUUUUGGGAUUUCCUCAAUUGCCGAAGGCGUCACAAGUAGAGUCAAGAAUCCAACCUGCACCAUGCAGGCUACACACAACUUACAGAACGCCGCCGCCAAUGCUAGGCAAAUGAUGAGCGGGCAAAUGCCUGUCAGUAGUUCCUGCCUACCAGCGGGCAUUGCACCGGGCGUGUCUGGAGGGAUAGCAGGUAUCGCACAGACACGACUAGCACAGGAAAGAAAAGCCUGGAGAAAGUCUCAUCCAUUUGGAUUUGUUGCUAAACCUACAAAGCACGCUGACGGGACGCUGAAUUUGAUGAAUUGGGAAUGUGCAAUUCCAGGAAAGAAAGGGACGGCUUGGGAGAAGGGGUCAUAUUUCUUGAGGAUGAUCUUCAAAGAUGACUACCCCUCAUCACCACCAAAAUGUAAAUUUGAACCUCCACUGUUCCAUCCCAAUGUUUACCCUUCGGGUACAGUCUGCUUGUCGAUAUUAGAUGAAGAGAAAGACUGGAGGCCAACAGUUACAAUAAGACAGAUUCUUACAGGGAUACAAGCUUUGCUUGAUGAGCCGAACAUCAAAGAUCCAGCACAGGCGGAGGCCUACACUAUAUUUACAAACAACCCAACGGAAUAUGAAAAGAGAAUUAAAGCCCAGGCUGAUCGUUUUCAACCAAAAUGAGUUUGUCUUCACCUUUUUGAAAUCUGACCCAAGUCUUCACUCAUCAAGGUUUUUUGUUUUUGUUAUUUGAGUUCAUCAGUCUCGGCCCGCUUACUGUUUUCGUGGCAAUGUACAUAACUAUCACCUGAACAUUCUAUUAAUGUUGGUUCAGCUGGUUUCAUUCAAGGAGCUUCUUAAGUCUUGGAACCAGUCCAAUCUACUGUACAUUCUGUUGUUAUCAAAGUGAUCUGCCACGACCAAUGAUUGCAUACAGUCAUGUUAGACAUCAUCACAUAGCAAGCCUUACAUCCCUACAUCUCCUCUAAUGGGAGUACCACACAUUUCUGUCUAGAAUAGGUAAUAUACUGAAAAAGAACGUCCCAAGUUAUGUGAUACUCAUUGAAUUUCAGUGACUGAAAAGUGUCACCAGAAGCAGUGUUAAUGUUGGGUUACUUUACAGGUUAAUGUUUGUAGAAUGGCAAUCUUGCUGCAUACUUCAGGCAUGCAUGUUGUGAUUCUGCUAAUCCUUGUUUCCCUUGUGCAUGCAUGCCAUCGCAAACUAGAAAACACUGCACAAACUUGUGUGCAGCUCACAGUUCCUCUCACCUGAUCCUUCAUAUGGCAAUAUUGGACGGUAACAUCAGUAACUCCUCCCAAAACCUCCGUGCGGGCACUGCAGGGAACCAGUGGCCCAUAUUUUGUGCAUUUCCAAGGGGGUACUGAGUUGGGGGUCAAGCAAUAUUGGUAGGGAUCAACCUCGCCCAACUUGCAAAAUCACUCCAAUGAAACUUCCUGUGGACUGUAAAGGAUUUAAGGGUUGUUUAAUGGAAGAAUGAUUCGUUUGAAGUUAAGACAGGAUGCCUGAAUUGGUAAGUCUUGCUUGACUUCACAGGACUGCUUUUGUGUGUGUGUGAAAAAAAAGUUGUUUUGUGUAGAAACUGUUAUUGUAUUUAUGCUUCUUUUAUUUCAAGUCUAAAAAGUAAAAAACUCUUGAUUUUCAGUGUAAAUGUAAAACAUUUCACAAUCAUCACAA